GGUCUCACCUGCGCCUUUAGCUCGAGCUGGACGCGUUCAUCAUGGCAGGCGCGAGGGUUGUCGGUGCAUUGUGCCGAAUUGCAGCGAGCAAGCAUGCACCGUUCUCGGGGAACAGAUACCGGAGCCUCUCUGUAUCUGCAGUGUUAUCGGCUCGUACUCACGUUAACUAUGAGCUGAAAGAUGACGUGGCCGUUGUGCGUCUCAACGAUCCAACCUCUAAGGUCAACACCCUUUCGAAGCAGAUGGAAGCUGAGAUAACUCAAGUAAUGAAUGAGGUUUGGGGAAACGCACAAGUAAAAAGUGCCGUGGUCAUCUCUACCAAGCCAGGCUGCUUCGUCGCGGGGGCUGACAUCAACAUGAUCAAAGCCUGCAAGAGCGCAGAGGAAGUGACCUCACUGUCACAGGAAGGACAGAAGAUGUUUGAGAAGAUCGAGAAAUCGCCGAUCCCGGUCGUGGCAGCCAUUAACGGUUCCUGUCUGGGCGGGGGCCUGGAGCUUGCAAUCGCUUGUCAGUACCGCCUGGCCACGAAGAGUAAGAAAACCGUGCUGGGAACACCCGAGGUGUUGCUGGGUCUGCUCCCAGGGGCCGGGGGCACGCAACGACUUCCUAAAAUGGUGGGACUUCCUACCGCGUUUGAUAUGAUGCUAACAGGAAGAAACAUCCGGGCAGACAAGGCCAAGAAAAUGGGUCUACUCCACCAAAUCAUCGACCCACUGGGUCCAGGACUAAAGAGUCCAGAGGAGAGGACUAUGGAAUAUUUGGAGGAGGUGGCAGUGGGCGUGGCUAAAGAUCUUGCUGCUAAGAAAGUCACUGUGGACAAGAAGAAAGGCUUAAUCCAGAAGCUGCAGGACGUGGUUAUGGGAUUUCCCUUUGUGAGGAAACAGAUCUACAAUACAGUUACCAAGAAAGUGAUGAAGCAGACUAAAGGUCUUUAUCCAGCACCCCUCAAAAUCAUAGAGUGUGUACAGUCUGGUGUGGAGAAAGGUUCUUCUACAGGAUACCAGGUGGAGUCAGAGAACUUCGGCAAACUGGGGAUGACGGCGGAAUCGAGAGCUCUGAUUGGCCUGUACCAAGGUCAAGUGGCCUGCAAAAAGAACAACUUUGGCACUCCAGAGAGAGAACUGAAGACCUUGGCCAUCCUCGGGGCGGGACUGAUGGGAGCCGGUAUCGCCCAGGUAACGGUGGACAAAGGCGUGGCCACCAUCCUGAAAGACACCACGCUAGAGGGUCUGGCCAGAGGUCAACAGCAAGUGUACAAGGGGCUGAACGAUAAGGUGAAGAAGAGGGGCAUAACGUCAUUCGAGAGGGAUGCGACCCUGUCCUUUCUGACGGGGCAGCUGGACUACAGCGGCUUCCAGAAGGCCGACAUGGUGAUCGAGGCCGUGUUCGAAGACCUGGCGAUCAAACACCAGGUGUUGAAGGAGGUAGAAGCGGUGACUCCUGCCCACUGUAUAUUUGCGUCCAAUACAUCAGCGCUACCCAUCAGAGAUAUUGCUGCUGUCAGCAAGAGACCUGAGAAGGUUAUUGGGAUGCACUACUUUUCCCCAGUGGACAAGAUGCAGUUGCUGGAGAUCAUCACCACAGACAAAACGUCCAAGGACACUACCGCGUCCGCCGUGGCUCUGGGCCUCCGACAGGGCAAAAUCAUCAUAGUAGUGGGGGAUGGUCCAGGAUUCUAUACAACACGCUGCUUGGCUCCCAUGUUGGCAGAAGCAGUCCGACUCCUGCAGGAAGGGGUGGGGCCAAAAAUGCUAGACUCCUUGACGACAAGUAUUGGGUUUCCUGUCGGCAUGGCAACCCUGGCGGAUGAGGUCGGUAUUGACGUGGCGGCCCACGUAGCAGAGGAUCUUGGGAAGGCGUUUGGUCAGAGAUUCGGUGGCGGCAAUGUGGAGUUGCUGAAGACCAUGGUUCAGAAAGGGUUUAAAGGCCGUAAAUCUGGUAAGGGUUGCUUCCUCUAUGGAGCCAAGUCAAAGGACAAGCAAGUGAACCCUGGAGCUGAGGAGAUUCUGAAGACCUUUAAACUAACGGCGCCCCCUGCUGUGUCCGGAAACGAGGACGUGCAGUAUCGCCUGAUCUGCAGGUUCGUGAAUGAGGCCGUUCUGUGUCUGCAGGAGGGAAUUCUUCCCGAUCCCAUUCAGGGUGACAUCGGAGCCGUGUUCGGUCUGGGCUUCCCUCCCUGCUUCGGAGGCCCAUUCCGCUUCGUGGACACGUUCGGAGCCGACCGGCUGCUUCAGAAGAUGAAACGUUAUGAAGAGUUUUACGGGAAUCACUUUACCCCAUGCCAGCUCCUCCAGGACCAUGCCAGAGACCCUAGCAAAAGGUUCCACAAGUAAACUUGGGUCAAAGGUCACAACCCACCAACCGUUUGACCUCGGCGCGGCCUGUCCGUCCAUCAAUAGCUUCACGCUUGGAGUCUGGAUGAGAAACAUAUUUUUACUGAUGUGAUGAAUGCCUUUUCAGACAUGAGAACUGUGUUUAAGGGGCUGUUUACCUCAAUAUAAACAUUUUUAUUUUAGUAACAGUCAAGAUUUCAGUUGCUUCUAAUAAAUUGGCACUAAUAAAACCCUGCUAAUGAAGAAUAAGCCAGUCUUUUUUUUUUUUUAUCUAUUUAACAAUCUCACCGUUUAACUAUUAAUUAUUUAACGAUAGAAGCAACUGACGUACUUUCAUACGCAUCGGGUACUACCUGCAAUAUCGCCACAGCGCCUCUAGGGGGCGCCCGAGACGCGGUGUCUUUCUGACGCUGUCGGUUUAGUGAAUUUGUUUUAUUUUUGCCUUCUUUUUAAUUGUGUAUAAUUUUCAUUUAGUUAAAUGUCGAUCCACUGCCUUUUCCAGAAUGUUCUCAGCCCGUUUUCAUGCUCACCUGCCAAAUAAAGCAAAUUCCAUGGCACUAAA